AUGAAGGCAUUCCUAGUUUCAUUCUUGUUCAUCUCCGCCUUUGCCGCUGAUGUGUCGGAGAAAAAACAUGACAAACGUGCUUCUGUACACGGAGGAUCAUCGAUAUAUAGUCAUGGCGGCUACAUCCCCCACAGUGACGUUGUGUUUCAUGGACCCGGAUAUGGGCAUGGAUACGGGCAUGGAUACGGGCAUGGAUACGGGCAUGGAUACGGGCAUGGACAUGGGCAUGGAUAUGGACAUGGACAUGGGCAUGGAUAUGGACAUGGACAUGGACAAGGAUUUGGAGAAAUUGGACAUGGAAUCGAAUUUAUAGGAGGACCACAUGGUUACGGACCAAGUUUUGACAUCGGUAUAGAACACGGACAUUUACACCACGUGCCCAGAACUGUCGUGAAUCGCGUGGUUCCAAUUGCAGUUCCCGUACCUCAACCGGUACCCGUUACACAUAAAGUCCCCGUACCAGUGCCUCAUCCCGUACCCGUCGAAGUAAAGCGUCCCGUCCCCGUCCCAGUACCACAACCGGUUCCAGUUGUCGUCACCAAACCCUAUCCCGUUAACGUACCCCGUCCGAUUCCAGUGCCGGUACCUCAUGCCGUACCUGUACCACACCCCGUGCCGCAUCCGGUCUCAGUUCCGCAUCCGAUUCCAGUACCAAUUCAUACACCAGCCCCAGUUCCAAUCUCGCAACCCAUACCGGUUAACUCUGAUCCAUAUCCGUUCCCCGCUCAACCAAUUUCUGUCACCCAACCUAUCGUAUCAACCGGUAUUCAAUCCAUACGACCAAUCGGUCCCAUUGGAAUUGAAUCGGUCGAUGCGGGAGGAGCCAGCACAAUACUGGGAGAUGGACACAGUUCUGGACUUGCCAUUUCUAGCGUCUUACACGAUGGUGGUAACUUUAGUCCCAUAGGCUCGGGACUUCACGUAAACGUGGAUCCCGGCAGUGAAGGAUAUUCUUAUCCGAUACCAGCGAAGAAAUUCUUUUAA